GGAUAUUAAUAAAAGAUUUAUCCAAGGUCUUCCAUAUAUGGGAAAAUUCAUUUAGCGAUCUUUCCUUUCUUGAACAGCCUGCAGCACCAACUCUCUCUCUCUCCUCAGUCUUCUCCUCUUUCCAAUAUUGCUCCGAAAAUUUCCAGUUCAGACCUAAACUUCAGACCUAAGACCCCUCAACGAAGGGGGUAGGAAGAAAGAGAAGAUGAAGAUCAAGAUCAGAAAGAUCGACUACUUGCCGGCAAGGCAGGUGACCUUCUCAAAGAGGAGAAGGGGGAUUUUCAAGAAAGCUGGAGAGCUGUCGAUUCUGUGUGAAUCUGAAGUUGCUGUUAUAAUAUUUUCUCAAACUGGCAAGCUCUUUGAUUUCUCAAGCUCCAGCACCAAGGAUGUGAUUGCAAGGUACAAUUCACAUGUCGGUGGGGAAAAAUCGGAUCAACCCACGCUUCAUCAGCUACAGUUGGAGAAAGAAAACAAUAUCAGGCUGAGUAAGGAACUCGAGGAUAAGAGUUGCAAGCUUAGGCAGAUGAAGGGUGUGGACCUUGAAGACUUGGAUCUGGAUGAACUCCAGAAGUUAGAAAAAUUGGUGGAAGCAAGCCUUGGCCGUGUGAUUCAAACUAAGGAAGAAAAGAUUACAAGUGAUGUUAUGGCACUUGAGAAAAAGGGAGCUGAGCUGAUAGAAGCUAACAACCAGCUAAGCCAGAAGAUGGUGAUGUUACCCGGAGGAGAUAGUGAACCGGCGGAUAAUAUUGGAGAAGAAAGCGUGACAUCUGAAUCAGCCACAAAUGUCACCACCUUCUCCAACAGUUCUCUUUCCCUUGAAGAUGACUGCUCCGAUACCUUGUCUCUCAAACUGGGGUGA